AUGCAAUCGCUGCUCCGCUCCCGCUACCCCUCGACCUGCGAGCCUGCUGAGGAUCCCGCCAUCGCAAACAUCGUGGACACCGCCCGUUACCCAAUUCAUGAGCUCGACGGCACACAGGCAGCGGCCACAAUCGCAAAGGCGCGAGCGGCGUGGGAGACGUAUGGAGAGGUAUCCUUGCCUGGUUUCAUACGCGCGGACGUGCGAGCGCUCCUUGCCGACGAAGUGUCCGGCCUGCCGGCGCACAACCGCCGGUACACCGCGCCCUACCUGGCGAGGAAGAGCCUCGGCAGCAACGCAAGCCUCGACCCGGAACACCCGCUCAGGAGGUUGUUUCAGAGCGACAUCCAUGCCGUCGCCGGCGACCAAAUACCAAACGCCACGCUGUUGAGGCGAGUCUACGACUCGCCCGCGGUGGCCGCCUUUUUUGCACGCGUGAUUAGGCGCGGCCGCCUCUACCACUAUGCCGACGGCUUGCAGCAGCUGAAUGUGAUGUAUCUGCUCGAUCGUGGUGGCAGGUCCUGGCACUAUGAUGGAUCCGACUUUGUCGCGACGCUGAUGGUGCAGCAGGCGGAUGAGGGAGGCGACUUUGAUUUCGCGCCCUUUAUUCGCACGAGGUGCGGCGGCGGGGGAGGGGACGCGGAGAACUUUGCACGGGUCCGGGAGCUCUUCGAUGGCGCAUACGCUGGCCGCCGCACCACCCGCGCCGAGGCGGGAACCGUCCAGCUCUUCAAUGGGUGUCGCUCGCUCCACCGCGUCCGAACAGCCUUCGGGCCCACCGCGCGCAUCACCGCGGUCCUGUCCUACGACUCCAACCCGCCCUGCGCGCAGCAGCUACCCUCGCUCGAGGCUAAUGUGCGAAACUACGGCGAGCGCGUGCGCGACUCUGCCGUGUGGCUGCGCGCGCAGGAGGAGCGGCGCCGGCUGUGCGCGGGAGUGGAGUCGCCGCCGCCGUUUGAGACGGAGGGGUGA